CUCUUCUCCAUUCACCUUUGUGCUGCUGCUGAGGGAGGCCCGCCCUGGUGCCAGCUGCCGCUCGCAGCCUUGGGUGGACAUGAGUAGAGGGGCCAGGGGCUGCCCGUCCUGCACCACCGUGCCCCUGCCUGGGCCUGCCCCACCCCCCUCCACUGAGUCCUCCUUAGGUUAAUUAUAACUCUGACCUAAGUGCCCUGUGACACCACGCCCCAGUGGCCCUGCCGGAGACCCAGCCACCAGGUAGGGGAGAGGCCUAGAGAGGGGUUUCAGCCUUCCCUUGGGUGUGUGUGUGGGGGGGUGUCCUAGGGGAGGAACCUCAGUCCCUCUCCUGCAGGUGUCUGUACCUCUAUGGCCUCCGGUUGACACCCGAGGGGAGAGGGCAGGGAAGGCAGGCUGGGACCCAUCUGGGGCCUGAGGCAGAGCAGGUGCCCCUGGAGACACAGCUGGGCCUGCCCUGGACUCGCAGCUGCUUCCUACUCCCAGGAGCUUUCUGUCCGGCAGGUGCAUGUGGCAGCCAUGCUUCCUACAGACGUGCCCCUCUCCCAUUUGAGCACCUCCCUGCUGCUGCUGCUGCAACUGCUGCACCCUGCAUCUUCCUUCUUCCCCAAUGUCUGGAGCCUCCUGGCUGCCCCUGGCUCCGUCACCCACCAGGACCUGACUGAGGAGGCGGCACUCAAUGUCACCCUGCAGCUAUUCCUGGAGCAGCCGCCCCCAGGCCGGCCCCCGCUGCAUCUUGAGGACUUCCUGGGCCGCACCCUCCUUGCUGAUGACCUCUUUGCUGCCUACUUUGGGCCUGGGUUUUCUUCCCGGCGGUUCCGAGCAGCCUUAGGUGAGGUGUCUCGUGCCAACGCAGCCCAGGACUUCCUGCCAACAUCCAAGAACGACCCUGACCUGCACUUCGAUGCCGAACGGCUGGGCCAGGGGCGCACACGCCUGGCCGGGGCUCUGCGGGAGGCCCUGGUGGCAGCCAGAGCCCUGGACCACACCCUGGCCCGCCGGCGUCUUGGGGCUGCACUUCAUGCUUUGCAGGAUUUCUACAGUCACAGCAACUGGGUGGAACUGGGGCGGCAGGAGCCGCAUCCUCACCUCCUCUGGCCGAGGCAGGAGCUCCAGAGCCUGGCACGAGUGGGCGAUCCUACCUGCUCUGAUUGUGAGGAGUUGAGCUGCCCCGGGAAUUUAUUGGACUUGACGCUCCUCACGUCUGGCUACUUUGGAUCUCAUCCCUCCAAACCUCCAGGGAAAUGUAGCCAUGGGGGCCAUUUUGACCGGAGCAGCUCCCAGCCACCACGGGGGGGCAUCAACAAGGACAGCACAUCCCCGGGCUUCUCUCCCCACCACAUGCUUCACCUCCAGGCUGCAAAACUGGCCCUUCUGGCCUCCAUCCAGGCCUUCAGCCUCCUGAGAAGCCGCCUGGGAGACAGGGGUUUCUCUAGCUUGCUCCCCAGGCUGCUGGAUAUCAGCCCAGCCUCCAGCCUGAGCUUUGUCCUGGACACCACGGGCAGUAUGGGUGAGGAGAUCAGUGCUGCCAAAAUCCAGGCUCGCCACAUUGUGGAACAAAGAAGGGGCAGCCCCAUGGAGCCUGCCCACUACAUCCUGGUACCUUUCCAUGACCCAGGAUUUGGCCCUGUCUUUACAACCAGUGACCCUGACAGCUUCUGGCAACAACUCAAUGAGCUCCAUGCCUUGGGGGGUGGAGAUGAGCCUGAGAUGUGCCUGUCAGCCCUAGAGCUGGCUCUGCUGCACACACCUCCCCUCUCAGACAUCUUUGUCUUCACUGAUGCCUCCCCCAAGGAUGCCGUCCUCACCAACCGGGUGGAAUCCCUGACUCAGGAGCGGCGCUGCAGAGUGACAUUCCUCGUGACUGAAGACCCACUGAGGGUUCAGGGCCGAGCUCGGCGUGAGGUCUUGUCUCCUCUGCGUUUUGAGCCAUAUGAAGCCGUGGCCCUGGCCUCAGGAGGAGAGGUCAUCUUCACCAAAGACCAGCACAUUCAGGAUGUGGCGGCCAUUGUUGGGGACAGCAUGGCAGACCUGGUUACCCUCCCCCUGGAACCUCCUGUUGUGGUGUCUGGGAGGCCACUUGGCUUCAGUGUGGAUGCACUGCUCCAGAGGGUCACAGUUCGGAUCCAUGGGGAGGUCAGCAGCUUCUGGAUCAGGAGCCCGGCAGGUGUCUCCCAGGACCAGGAGGAAGGCAAAGGGCCUCUAGGUCACACGCGCCGCUUUGGGCAGUUCUGGAUAGUUACCAUGAAUGACCCCCCACAGCCAGGGACCUGGGAGAUCCAGGUCAUAGCGGAGGGCAUGCCCCGGGUGAGGGUGCAAGCCCAGACAGCCCUGGACUUCCUCUUCUACUUUGGAAUUCCCAUGGAUAAAGGCCCCCACCCUGGCCUCUACCCCCUGGCUCAGCCAGUAGCAGGCCUCCAGACCCAGCUGCUGGUAGAGGUGACAGGGCUGGGUUUCAGAGGUGACCCCAGAGAUCUUCGGUCGCAUUUCUCCCAUGUCGUCCUUCGAGGGAUUCCAGAAGGGGCUGAGCGGGGCCGGGUGCCCCUGGAACCCAUGGGACCACGGGAGCGAGGUCUCCUGGCCGCUUCACUGCCACCCGCACUUCUGUCCACCACGGGCCCCUUCUCUCUGGAGUUGAUCGGCCAGGAUGGAGAGGGGCAUGGCCUGCACCGAGUGGCCCCCCAGCCCUGCACCGUGGUCCCAGUCCUUCUGGAGCUCAGCAGCUCCCCAGGGUCCCUGGCCCCCGGCAGCAAGGCCCCACUUAGCCUCCAUAUCGCCAGCUUCUCAGGCCCUCAGGAUCUGGAUCUUAGGACAUCUGUCAACCCCAGGUUCCCUCUCACCUUCAACCUCUCCAGGGUUCGCCUGGAACCGAAUGAGUCUGUGUGGGGCCACCUGUGGUUGGAGGUUCCGGACUCAGCCGCCCCAGACUCCGUGGUAAUGGUGACUGUGACUGCGACAGGUCGAGAAGGCAGCCUAGUGCCCCCAACCCACGCCUUCCUCUGGCUCCUGGUGCUGGCUCCGGCCCCGCAGGACCCACUGGCUGCCACUGCCCACGAAUCUGGCCCCAUCCUCCACUCGACCAGCUCUGUGUCCACUUUGGUGACUCGGGGAAGGGCUGGAGGAGGGCGAGUAGGCAUCUGCUGGUGGGGCACAGUUGGAGGAGUGCUGCUCCUGCUAGGCUUGGCCUCCUGGUAACACUACAACCCC